GGGGGCGGGGGUCGUGGUGACGGCAUCAGAGCGCGCGGCGUUAGGGCUCGGAGGCUGGCUGCACCCCUGCCGGGCCCCUGGAGCAGCCCGCCCUCACCAUGGGGCUGGAGGCCCAGAGGCUGCCGGGGGCCGAGGCGGCCCCCGUGAGGGUGGCCCUGCGAGUCCGCCCGCUGCUGCCCAAGGAGCUGCUGCACGGGCACCAGAGCUGCCUGCGGGUGGAGCCGGAGCGCGGCCGGGUGACCCUGGGCCGGGACCGCAGCUUCGGCUUCCACGUGGUGCUGGACGAGGCCGCCGGGCAGGAGGCCGUGUACCAGGCCUGCGUGCAGCCCCUGCUGGAGGCCUUCUUCGAGGGCUUCAAUGCCACCGUCUUCGCCUACGGUCAGACGGGCUCCGGGAAGACCUACACCAUGGGGGAGGCCAGUGUGGCCUCCCUCCACGAGGACCAGCAGGGCAUCAUCCCGCGGGUCAUGGCCGAGGCCUUCAAGCUCAUCGAUGAGAACGACCUGCUGGACUGUCUGGUGCACGUGUCCUACCUGGAAGUGUACAAGGAGGAGUUCCGGGACCUGCUGGAGGUGGGCACCGCCAGCCGCGACAUCCAGCUCCGCGAGGACGAGCGUGGGAACGUCGUGCUGUGUGGGGUGAAGGAGGUGGACGUGGAGGGCCUGGACGAGGUGCUGAGCGUCCUGGAGAUGGGCAACGCGGCGCGGCACACGGGGGCCACGCACCUCAACCGCCUGUCCAGCCGAUCGCACACGGUCUUCACCGUGACCCUGGAGCAGCGGGGGCGCGCCCCCAGCCGCCUGCCGCGCCCCGCCGCCGCCCAGCUGCUCGUCUCCAAGUUCCGCUUCGUGGACCUGGCGGGCUCCGAGCGGGUGCUGAAGACGGGCAGCACCGGCGAGCGGCUCAAGGAGAGCAUCCAGAUCAACAGCAGCCUCCUGGCCCUCGGCAACGUCAUCAGCGCGCUGGGCGACCCGCAGCGGCGCGGCAGCCACAUCCCCUACCGGGACUCCAAGAUCACCCGGAUCCUCAAAGACUCGCUGGGCGGGAACGCCAAGACGGUGAUGAUCGCCUGCGUCAGCCCCUCGUCCUGCGACUUCGACGAGACCCUCAACACCCUCAACUACGCCAGCCGCGCGCAGAACAUCUGCAACCGCGCCACCGUCAACUGGCGGCCCGAGCCCGAGCGGGCGCCCGAGGAGGCGGCCGGGGCGCGGGGUCCCCCGCGGCACCGCUCCGAGACGCGCAUCAUCCACCGGGGCCGGCGGGGCCCGGGCCCCCCCGCCGCCCCCGCCGUGGCCGCAGCCCGCCUGGGCGCCGAGUGCGCGCGCUACCGGGCCCGCACCGACGCCGCCUACAGCCUCCUGCGCGAGCUGCAGGCCGAGCCCGGGCUGCCCUGCGCCGCCGCCCGCAAGGUGCGGGACUGGCUGUGCGCCGUCGAGGGCGAGCGCAGCGCCCUGAGCUCCGCCUCCGGGCCGGACAGCGGCAUCGAGAGCGCCUCCGCCGCCCCCGAGGAGCAGGCCACGCAGGGACCGGGUGGCAGAAAGGACGAUGAGGGGGCGCUGCUGGCCCUGCAGAGCCAGGUGGCCCGCCUGGAGGAGGAGAACCGAGACUUCCUGGCCGCCCUGGAGGACGCCAUGGAGCAGUACAAGCUGCAGAGCGACCGGCUGCGGGAGCAGCAGGAGGAGAUGGAGGAGCUGCGUCUGCGGCUGGAGCUGGUGCGGCCAGGCUGGGGGGGCCCAGGGCUCCUGCAGGGCCUGCCUCCGGGGUCCUUUGUGCCCCGGCCUCACACAGCCCCCCUGGCGGGUGCCCACGCCCACGUGCUGGGCAUGGUGCCCCCCGCGUGCCUUCCUGGAGAUGAAGUUGGCCCCGAGCACUGGGGAGAGGUGCCGGAGGGCAGGGCGGCGGGAGCCAAGCUGCUGGAAGAGGACGAUGGGCUGGACAGUGGCUCUUCUGCUGCAUCAGAAGGAGAGGAGGAGGAGGAGGAGGGGGAGGAGAGAGAGCCGCCCCGGAGGACCUUGCCCCUGCGCCGAAACGGGAUUAGCAAGUGCAGCCAGCGGGUGGAGGCCGGCCCAGGGAGCCCCCCGAGCAGGAAGGGCCCGGAGCUUCACCUUGAGGAGCUGGGUGCAGCCGUCCCCGAGCCCAGAGUGGUCCAGGGGGGCAAGGCCCAGGCCCCCGCGGCCGCGGCCUCUGAGUGGCGGCUGGCCCAGGCCCAGCAGAAGAUCCGGGAACUGGCCAUCAACAUCCGCAUGAAGGAGGAGCUCAUCGGCGAGCUGGUCCGCACCGGGAAGGCGGCCCAGGCCCUGAACCGCCAGCACAGCCAGCGCAUCCGGGAGCUGGAGCAGGAGGCCGAGCGGGUGCGGGCCGAGCUGAGCGAGGGGCAGCGGCAGCUGCGGGAGCUGGAGGGCCGGGAGCCCCAGGACGCGGGCGAGCGGUCGCGGCUGCAGGAGUUCCGCCGGCGGGUGGCCGCCGCCCAGAGCCAGGUGCAGGUGCUGAGGGAGAAGAAGCAGGCGACCGAGCGGCUGGCGUCGCUGUCGGCCCAGAGCGAGAAGCGGCUGCGGGAGCUGGAGCGCAACGUGCAGCUCAUGCGGCAGCAGCAGGGCCAGCUGCAGCGGCGGCUGCGCGAGGAGACGGAGCAGAAGCGGCGCCUGGAGACGGAGAUGAGCAAGCGGCAGCACCGCGUCAAGGAGCUGGAGCUGAAGCACGAGCAGCAGCAGAAGAUCCUGCGCAUCAAGACCGAGGAGAUCGCGGCGUUCCAGAGGAAGCGGCGCAGCGGCAGCAGCGGCUCGGUGUUCACCCUGGAGCAGCAGCAGAAGAUCGAGGAGCAGAAGAAGUGGCUGGACCAGGAGAUGGAGAAGGUGCUGCAGCAGCGGCGGGCGCUGGAGGAGCUGGGGGAGGAGCUGCGCAAGCGGGAGGCCAUCCUGGCCAAGAAGGAGGCCCUGGUGCAGGAGAAGACGGGGCUGGAGAGCAAGCGCCUGCGGUCCAGCCAGGCCCUGACCGAGGACAUCGUGCGCGUGUCCAGCCGGCUGGAGCACCUGGAGCGGGAGCUGUCGGAGAAGAGUGGGCAGCUGCGCCAGGGCAGCGCCCAGAGCCAGCAGCAGAUUCGCGGGGAGAUCGACGCCCUGCGCCAGGAGAAGGACUCGCUGCUGAAGCAGCGCCUGGAGAUCGACGGCAAGCUGCGGCAGGGCGGCCUGCUGUCGCCCGAGGAGGAGCGGACGCUGUUCCAGCUGGACGAGGCCAUUGAGGCCCUGGACGCGGCCAUCGAGUACAAGAACGAGGCCAUCACCUCCCGGCAGCGGGUGCUGCGGGCCUCGGCCUCCCUGCUGUCGCAGUGCGAGAUGAACCUCAUGGCCAAGCUCAGCUACCUCUCGUCCUCCGAGACCAGGGCCCUCCUCUGCAAGUACUUCGACAAGGUGGUGACGCUGCGCGAGGAGCAGCACCAGCAGCAGGUGGCCUUCUCGGAGCUGGAGAUGCAGCUGGAGGAGCAGCAGCGGCUGGUGUUCUGGCUGGAGGCGGCGCUGGAGCGGCAGCGCCUGGAGACCGACCGCCAGCUGACGCUGCAGCAGAAGGAGCACGAGCAGAAGGUGCAGCUGCUCCUGCAGCAGAGCCGAGACCACCUGGGCGAGGGGCUGGCCGACAGCAGGCGGCAGUACGAGGGCAGGAUCCAGGCCCUGGAGCGGGAGCUGGGCCGCCACGUGUGGGCGAACCAGGAGCUGAGGCAGAGGCUGAGCGGGGGCAGCGCCGCGGGCCAGAGCCGGGGUGGGGAGAAGGUCCUGUGCCCGGAGACCCGCCAGCCGCCUGGAAACGAAGACGAGCUCUGGCAGCCCCCCCUCGCGGAGGGCGCCCCCCGAGCCCGGGAGGAGGUGCGGGACCUGGUGCACGCCCCGCUCCCGCUGACGUGGAAGCGCUCCAGCCUGGGCGGUGAGGAGCAGGGCGCCCCGGAGGCCGCGGAGCCCCCCCUGGGGCGAGUGCUCCCUGGGGGGGAGGCGGGGCCGCCCUGGAACCUCGGGCCCCUGGCGAGGCCCCGGCGGGAGCGGCGGAGGGCCAGCCCGGGCAUGAUCGACGUGCGGAGGCACCCGCUGUAGUCCCGCCGCGCCUUGGGGCCGGCCUGGCAGGUACGGUGCCGCGUGCGGCCGCCUCACCAUGACCACCGGCCGCGUGAACUGGCCUCUAAGGCGGAUCCCGCCACCCCCUCCCUCCAACUGCGGGGCCCACGGCCACCUCUGGCCCGUUCCGGGCUCGGGACCUGCACCGGCCACAGGACGGCCGUGUCUAGAUGGGCACACGGACCUGGGAAAAUGGGGGAACGUUUUGUAGAAUUUUGUGAAACCAUUUUAUAAUAAAUGAGAGCAACGGCUUGAGAACCGGGGUUCCCCGCUGAGUGUGAUGGAAGCAGCUGGGGACACAGCAGCUCGGAAGCGAGUCAGGCUGGGGACGCUGUGACUCCGAGACCCGGUGCGGUGCGUCUCCCCAGUGGCGCGAGGCCUGUGCGGGGACGGCUCGGG